UCGCUGGACAGUGAAAUCUUUUUGUUUGUUCGGAAUCCGUAAGGCGUUUCGUAAUGAAAAUUAAACAUUAUCCGGGAAAAGCCGUGGAUGCCAGCCUCUCGCUGGAGGGCAGCAGUGCCAUGGGUGCCAUCUAUGAAGCCAAUUGGUUGCAGGCUGCGGCACCACUUCCACUUCCACACCAUCCCCCAGGUGGAGGUGGAGGUGGAGGUGGGGGAGGCACAACGACCCUCAGUCGACAGGGAAGCAGUGCGGGUACCAGCUUUCUCCUGGAUGGAAUCUCGGCGUUGAGCAAAUACCAAAUGACACUGGAGAAUAUCCGGAAAUUGGAACAGCAGUCAAGGGACAGACGGAGGAUUGUGAGCAUCAAGGAGCUGAAUGGCUAUCGACCAUCGGCGCUGCAGCAUCACCAGCAGCAACAAUUGGAGAACAAUUGGGUGACAGAGGAUCAGGAUCAGGAAGAGAAGCCUCAAAAGGAGGAGGGUCCCGCACCCGGUCCCAAUCCCAAGCAAAAGAUCCCGGAACACGUAGAAGAGCCUGCUGUCAAUCAUUAUGUCCUCGAUCCCACAGAGAGGCCGCGUGUGCCACGCCCACGGCAGCAAUUGUCGGUGAAACCACCUUCGCUGCGACGAUCCCAGACCAUGGCCAUGCCUCCGAGCUAUGCAACGAUGAGAUCGCCACGAAAGCAGGCAAAAGGUGCAGCCGCAGCCACAGCCAGCAACAGUAGUUCCUCCGCGUACUCUACGUUCUCCUCCGCUGCGGAGGAUCUAAGGGAUCCUGCAGAGCAGGUGGUGAUAUGCCAGCAGCCGCAGCGUGGCAUGCAGCCUGCUCCGCGAGCAAUGCAGCCCCACAGAGAGCCUGCGCCGCGGCUGAUGCAACCUCCUAGAGAGCCGCCACCAGAGCCGCCUAUACGUGCCUCCAAGGAUCAGCAGCCAUUGCCAGCACAACGUACCUUCAAGGAGCAGCCAGUGCCGCAGCUACGUGCCCCGAAGGAGCAGCCAUCACUGUCACAACGUGUCGCCAAGCCCCUGAGCAGAUCACAGACCAGUGUCCAGCGCUAUGCCACUAUUCGCAUGCCCCACCACUCCACCUCCUUCUGUCGAGCGGCUGCCCGAUCCACAGAUCCAUCGGCAGUGCGGAGGCACAGCCUGGAGCAGGCCCUGCAGGGACUCCAGGUUCAGGAGGAACAGCCUCGUCCGAGGGUGGCGGAGCCGCGACAAAUCUCACCCACUGCCUCAAGCAAUGGCAGCUCCAAGGAUCUCAAUGGGGAGGGUUUCUGCAUACCCCGACCUCGUCUCAUCGUUCCCGUUCACACAUAUGCACGUCGUCGUCGCACAGGGAAUCUCAAGGAGCAGUCGAGUGCCGGGCAAGAGGAGGAACCAGCGAAGGAUGGACGCGUGGAGGUCUCACGCGAGGGCAAAUACCUCUCGACCCUCUCCGGAGCGAAAGUCCUUGGGGAGCUCGCGAUCCUGUACAAUUGCCAGAGGACUGCCACGAUUACGGCCAUCAGCGAAUGCAAUCUGUGGGCCAUCGAGCGGCAGUGCUUCCAGACCAUCAUGAUGCGCACGGGGCUCAUUCGUCAGGCGGAAUACACGGAUUUCCUCAAGAGUGUACCCAUUUUCAAAGAUCUUGCGGAUGAUACUCUUAUCAAAAUCUCCGAUGUCCUGGAGGAGACGCACUAUCAGCGUGGCGACUACAUUGUGCGCCAGGGGGCACGCGGCGACACCUUCUUCAUCAUCUCCAAGGGCAAAGUGCGGGUGACGAUCAAGCAACAGGAUACCCAGGAGGAGAAAUUCAUUCGAAUGUUGGGGAAGGGCGAUUUCUUUGGCGAGAAGGCGCUUCAGGGGGAUGAUCUACGCACAGCCAACAUUAUUUGUGAUUCCCCCGAGGGCGUGAGUUGUCUGGUGAUUGAUCGCGAGACCUUCAAUCAGUUGAUCUCCAAUUUGGACGAAAUCAAGCAUCGCUAUGACGAUGAAGGAGCCCUGGAACGCAUCAAAAUCAAUGAGGAAUUCCGGGACAUAAAUCUCACAGAUUUGCGUGUGAUUGCCACCCUAGGAGUGGGUGGUUUUGGACGCGUGGAACUCGUGCAGACCAAUGGCGAUACGUCGCGCUCGUUUGCCCUCAAACAGAUGAAGAAAUCACAGAUUGUGGAGACACGCCAGCAGCAGCACAUCAUGUCCGAGAAGGAGAUCAUGGGCGAGGCCAAUUGCCAGUUUAUUGUGAAGCUCUUCAAGACCUUCAAGGAUAAAAAGUAUCUGUACAUGCUGAUGGAGAGCUGUCUCGGUGGAGAGCUCUGGACCAUACUGCGGGACAAGGGAAACUUUGAUGAUAGCACAACGAGAUUCUACACCGCCUGUGUGGUGGAGGCCUUUGACUAUCUGCACUCGCGGAAUAUUAUCUACAGGGACCUGAAGCCGGAGAAUCUGCUGCUGAAUGAUCGCGGCUAUGUGAAGCUGGUGGACUUUGGUUUUGCCAAGAAGCUGCAGACGGGCCGCAAGACCUGGACGUUCUGCGGAACGCCCGAAUACGUGGCCCCCGAGGUGAUACUGAAUCGUGGCCACGACAUAAGUGCGGACUAUUGGUCGUUGGGUGUCCUAAUGUUUGAGCUGUUGACGGGUACCCCUCCGUUUACGGGCUCCGAUCCCAUGCGCACCUACAACAUCAUACUUAAGGGCAUCGAUGCCAUCGAAUUCCCCAGGAAUAUCACACGAAAUGCCAGCAAUCUGAUCAAGAAGCUAUGUCGUGAUAAUCCCGCCGAACGUUUGGGCUAUCAGCGUGGCGGCAUCAGCGAGAUACAAAAGCACAAAUGGUUCGAUGGCUUCUACUGGUGGGGCCUUCAAAAUUGCACACUGGAACCACCGAUCAUGCCAACAGUCAAGAGUGUGGUGGAUACCACAAACUUUGAUGACUAUCCACCCGAUCCGGAGGGUCCACCCGCAGAUGAUGUCAGUGGAUGGGAUAAGGAUUUCUAGUUUGGAUUGGAAUAUUUUUCGUGUUUCCUAGACGAUGCUCUCUCUCUAUGCGUCUGCUACAAUCAUAAACAAAAAAGGAGAACAAACAGGAAAAUAAGGAGGAAUGGAGAAUACAGAAGAAUUGAUCUUAAGUGCGCCAUAUGUACGCCAAAGCCAACAGUCAGCAGCUUUAAUCCCAAAGCUGCCACCCAGUCCCCAAGAGUAGCAGUCGCACAAAGCACAACCCACACACACAUCGGCUCAUCGUCUUAGCAUAUAUUUAUGUAUCCUUAUGAUGUGCAACAGAAUGAAUUUAUUAA